UACACAAAUGACUAUAAAAUAUACACCACAUACCAAUCAUAUUCCUAGUUCUAAUAAAGAUAUAGGUACUUUAAGACUUUCUAAGGAGCAAAAUCAGAAUAAAAAAAAUACUAUCAAUAUUCAGGAUAAUCUUUUAACUCGUGAUGAUAUCUAUAACAUUUGGAAAGAA